AGUUAUUCUUGAUCUAACAGAUCCUGAACUUGAGAACAAACCAUAAAUCAUCCUAGUACAUCUACUAAAACAUGGUGUAGAUGUUAGUAAGAUCUCUCUAGUUUACACCUUUGUCAGGCAGAGCUUUGGUUAAACACAUCUACACUGGUCAUGCUGGACAGCUUUAAUACUAAAGGUGCCAUGCUGAUUUAACAAAAAAUAAAGAACACAAAGUCAUCUGUAUGUGUUGAGUUUCCUUGCAUGAUCAAGUAGGUGAAUACAAGACAGCAUGAAGGGCAGGAGGAGGGGAUGAUAGAGGAAUGGAGAAACAUAAGCUGGUGGAGAUGUGCUAGAGGAGGGAGGGAAUAGGGGUGAAGGAUAUUUAAGACCUGGAGAUGCUCUCUCUUCAUCCGUUUCUUUGCUUCUUUCUAUCAGUCUACAUCUCUGGCUCUUUGUCACAGACGAAGGAGAAACACUCGGGUAAGACGGACGGCUAAAGGCUUACUCUUUUCCAGCUCUUAUCUGAUGCCUGCUCGUUUACAUCUGUCUAGCUACUGAUGGGGAUAUUAAUAGCUUUAAUUAUAGUUUUGCGAAUGUUAAUGAGAGAAUUUUAUAUACUACUGAUUAAUUGAUUAACUUCUGUUGGAGAUGUUUAUCAUUUUGGAUUCAGCUAAAUUUGUUUCUCUCUUUAGACAUCUUUUAUAUAUAAAUUCUUCUGAGACUUUCCAAGUCUUCUUCACUUUAUAUCAAUUUGAUCCCUAAUGUAGAAAAUUGCCAAACUGAAAGAAUAAUUGUGAUAAUGUUUUCAUUAGGAAACUGUAUAUUGUGUCCAUGGUUGCUGUGGCUUCUAACUGUUAUUCUCCAUCCUACAGAUUUCAGCCUUACUAAUUAAGAUGUCAUCAAAACACCUGUAUUAGUAAAAGUGCCAUAUUUCACGUCCUUGCCUGCUUGUUUCCCUGCGUGGUCAUGCACCAUAGUGCUGCUUGUUCUGUUCCAUCUUGAAAUUGUGCCAUUUAUUUAUAUGCAAAAUAUUUCCAUCUUGCUCACAUCAUGACGUUCUCUAUCUAGCAACCAGCAUGACUUUAUACCAGUUCUUGAGUUCACACUGCCUGUAGAUAUUAGUUCCACAGCAGCAUCCCAGCUCCGUAAUUAGAGUCUAUAAUGAAUUAAUGAGUGAAAUUAGAUGGUGCAGUCCUUAUUAUGAGUCCUUAUGACACACACAGUCCUGAGCACGUUUGUGAUAAAUGUUCAUGUUAGUGAAAUUCCUUUACAGCCAUGAAGAAAACAAAUGUGCAAGUGACGGGCCUUCACCCCAGCUAGUCUUUCACAGUUGUUAAUUGUUUAUGAUUAGGAGUCAUGAUCAGGAAUCUGGAUGAAAUAUUAACACAGAAAGAAGCACAAAGGAGGAACCUUUUAACUUAAUAAAUCUAUUGUCAUUAAAACCAUCCUAGCAGAACUUUUACUCAUUGGGUUUCUUUUCCUUUCAGUGUGUGUUCGUCUUUACUGAAUGCUUCAGGUUAUUCAGCCUCACAGAUUUUAUGAAUGACUUGUCUUCAACAUAUCUGCAUACUGACACUUAUUGUUUGAUUUCCUCUUGUGUAAUAUGGCCUCAGGUAUGAAGUUUCACAAGUCAGUAUAUUUGGCUGUUUCUGUAGUAACUCAGGUGAAGCGCUGAUAAAUGAAUGCACUUUAGUCGUACUCUCUCGCCUCAGACUGUGUGUGUUUCUUGCCAUUUCCUUUUUCUUGUUUCUUUACUUUAAUGAUUGUGUUUGUGUCUGUUAUAAUCCCAGUAGCUUGACAAGCCUGGAGACAGAAGAACCAAGAUGCCACGCUCAAAAUGUGAUGUGUAAGAAUUUUGUGCCCCCUUUUUAAAUCUCUACCCAAAUCUCCCUCUUUCUCUCUUUUUCUCUUUCUUUCAGUUUAGAUGAGAAAACUUAUAAAACUAUGAAGAAUAAUGGAGAAAAUGUGAUGCUUGGUUCAUUUUAGGGGAUCUAUGAUUGUGCAUGGCUAAAGAACCUAGCACUAACUUGGAGAGCGCCAUGCAGAUGCUCAUCAAGACCUUCCACAAGUACUCAGGGAAAGAAGGAGACAAAUACACACUUAGCCGAGGAGAGUUAAGAGAACUACUGACGGAGGAACUGGGGAACUAUCUGGGGAAUGCACAGGACAAGGAUGCUGUGGAGCGAGUGAUGAGUGACCUGGAUGCCAAUAAUGAUGGUGAGGUGGACUUCACUGAGUUCAUCAUCCUGAUGGGGGCACUCACUGUGGCCUGCAAUGACUUCUUCCUUGACAGUCCACCACCCAAGAACAAGGAUUCAAAGGACGGGAAGGAAGGAGAGAAGAAAGAGUGAUGAGGGGAUGAGAAUAGGAGGAUGAGAGAGAAAUGUAUCAGGUGGUUUCUUUUAACAGGAGUGAUGCUCUGAGAAGAAACCUGUCUGUUUUGAGCUAUUAAUUACUUGAUGUUUCUGAUAAUUAUGCUUGUCAUUACUCUCUGUGCCCUAAACACAUGAACACUUUCAGUACUUUCAGGAAGAUGUUUGCCCAAACCCUAAUCUCAUUCCCCAGAGGAGCAGAACAGCAACAUGAAGCUGUAGAGACUUUUGUUUAAAUGAAAACCUCCUGAAGGAACAAAGAUACAUUUCUUCCAUUUCAACGACUAAUUUAGGACUUGAUUGCGAAAGAAAAUUCUGCAUUAAGUCUAAAUACGUGAAAAAAAACAACAUUCCAGAAAUGAAUGAAAAUGGUUCAGGUUUGAUGAAGGUGACAGUGAUGGUGAGUGAAGGGUGAUGGUGAGGAUGAGGAGAGGGUGAUGGUGAGGAUGAGGAUGAGGGGAGGGU